AUGGUCUAAAAUGAGACAACUCCGCCCACCCGGGGUACCAGGCCAUGCAAAAGUGACUAGCCCAAUGUCACCAGCGUGGGUAGUCUCUCUGUUCCUGUCAAGAACACAGCUGAGCGAUGAUUCAAUUGUCAGCGGCUGUGAAAUAGAUCCAGUUGUUGCUGUAUGCCCCAUUCAUCUGGAGGAGAUUUGUCGAAUAAAAAAAACGAGAUAUUAAUCUCGAGCGGAUCGUAUAUCAAACAUACGGGGAAGUAUUGCUUUAUUCCAUCUUGGACUAAUCCUUGGACGGAAUAUUCAUAUAUCUAGAUUGUACAGGAAGACUGUUUUGAUGUCUGUGCGGCGGGUGUCUCCAUGGCUGUGUGGACACGUCACUCUGGGCUACGGCCUCUUUCUCCUGGUCGCCCUUCCAGACCUCACCACAGGCAGGCAAAGGAAUUGCAGCCACCCUCUGGUGCCAGAACACGGGGGCUUCCGCUGCGAGCCCUCCCCCUGCCGAGGCUUCCUCCAGAAGAGCUUGAUCUACUACUUCUGUGAGCCCGGCUACACCCUCCCAGAAGAGGUGAACAGCUCGCGCUGCCUCCACGGCAAAUGGAUCCCCAGCGUGCCCACCUGUCUGUUCACACAAGACAACUAUGAGGACCAGGUGGCCCACUCACUCCCCAGCGUUGCCACGACGGCGGUGGGCGUGUCCAUAUUCCUCCUCACCACCACGGCCUGCUUGGUGAUCAAGUCCCGCCUUUUCCCCUGUCACUCACAUAGCAGGCGCUCCUCUGACCAGAUGGAUCUGAUGGUGGAUGGCCUGCCUGUGUCUCUGCCCACCUAUGAGGAGGCUGUCUACGGGAGCUGGGGGCAACACCUGCCCCCCUGCAGAGGGCCCACCCAGCUCCUAUUGGCCCAGGAGUCUCUAGGUCCAUCAUUAGCUCACAACCAAUCAGAUUACAGUCACUGUAUCCAUCCAUCCAAUCAACGCCCCGAGAUCCUUCCUCCCGCUUACGAGGAGAUCCAAUCCCGUCAGAGUGAGGUGGACGUGCAGGCCUUACAAGUUGCACUUUCCGAUGAUAAGGACAUUUGAGUGACUGGCGUAUUUGUGUUACCCACCAAUGAAAUGUAAAAUCAUGUGCUCAGGCACUUAUAUGGAUUCAAGCCUACCAGCAUGGAUCCACUUUCUUAUCAGGUUUCAACCUUAUACAUAGCACACCAGUUCUGAUUGGCUGUUUGUAAUGUUAUGAGAAGUAUCCUGCCAUGGAGACAUGGUUUAUAUCCCAUCAGUGAUGGGACCAGAGCCUCGUUUGUUGAGGUGACUUUGGUAAUGCCAUUACUGUUACAUCACAGGGACCUGCACAUCUCUAUUGUGACUGAUUGAUUGUGCACUAUGGGUAAACCCAGCUGGUGAGAGUGGAAAUGGAGGUUACUCUCCCUCCUUUCAUUUUUGUUGGUUUAUGAUUUGAGAUAAUGGCAGAAUUGUAGCGUUGAUAUGGAAACCAGCAGGCGACUGGACAGUGGACACAGAGAUCACGUGCUGGUCAGUUUAGGAGUUAAAUCUGUGUUCGCUCUCCCCUGAAACAUAUUUUGAGUUCUAGCUACAACCCAGUCCAAUUUUGACUGGCAUUUUUGGGAAUGGUGACAGACUGACCACAUGGAAGCGUUUCACUUCCUACACCCACCAGGCACGCACUUGACACCCUCCACCAUGCCAAGCAUACCCCACACCAAGUUUCCACCAACCCCUCUCUCCUCCACCGCCCUGUUCCCACCUUUCACCUCUCCUCUAUCUGCUUUGGGGAGGGUGGGGGGCAGAAACCCCCGGGAUGUACUUAUUUGUUAUAGACAUUGAAUGUAGUUGUUUCUCUUUUUCUUUUCAAUAGAACAAAAUGUAAUGGAUGUAUGUAAUGUAACAUUUACAUAAUAUUGCAAUUAUUGUAUUGCACAGAAGAUUAAAAGUCAACAUUGUUAAA